CAAGCAAUAAAAGAGUCAUCCCAGGUAUACUGGCUGUCAGUAUAAGUCAUCACCAGCGCUGUGACGCUCCUUCUUUCCAGAUCAUCAUGGGGCACCCUUUCAUUACUGGUCUUCUACUUCUGUCCACUUGGCAGCUCAAUUCUGGCCAAUCAAUCAACAAUGAAGUAUGCAACCUGCCAGCAGAUGAAGGACAAGGAAGUGAUAAUAUUUUUAAUCUUUAUUAUGAUAAAGCCCGAGACAACUGUCAGCCCCUCUCAUACCGAGGAAGUGGAGGCAAUUCAAACCGAUUCAGCACUGACAAGAUGUGCAUGAGGAACUGUUCCUCCAAAGCACAUGAACUGUACCCUGAGACAGACGCUGUUUGUAAAAUGAAGAAUGACAAAGGCUUUUGUCAAGGUUACUAUUUCAUAUUUUAUUAUGACUGGUCAAAGAGGGCUUGCGAGAGGUUUUUCUACACAGGCUGUGGUGGAAAUGGCAACAGAUUUGAAAACGAAGAAAUGUGCAACAGGACAUGUGGCCACCUUGUUGAUGCUCCAAAAGAUGAAGAGGAUGAAGAGAAUAAGAAAAAUGCUUGCAACAUGAAAUUAGAUGAAGGAUAUGGAGACGGCUACUCUUUUCGUGUUUAUUACAAUAAAACUUUGGACAACUGCCAGCCUUUCUCAUACCGAGGAAGUGGGGGCAACUUAAACAAAUUCAUCACCGACAAGAUGUGCAUGAGAAACUGUUCUUCCAAAGGAUAUGAAGUGUACCCCGAGUCAGAUAAAGUUUGCUCCAUGAAGAUGGAUCCUGGAUUUUGUCAUGGUCGCUAUUUAUUAUUUUAUUAUAAUUCAACAAAGAAGGCAUGCAAGACUUUUUCCUACACUGGCUGUGGUGGGAAUGGAAACAGAUUUGUGACCCAGGAAAUAUGCAAUAAGACAUGUGGCCAAUUCAAUGAUGAGCUAAAUCAAGAAUAUGAUGAUGAUGAAGAAGUGAAUGGAGUCGAUCUUGGUUUAGUGUUUGGUAUUAUACUGAUGUUGGUUGGUGUGGCUGUUUUCAUAACCGUUGUGGUCUUGGCUGUCAAAGCCAGCAAAGAAGAGAAGAAGCAUAAGAAGACUAUCCAAGAAAGUGAAGUUCAGCCCUGCACUCACUUGGAAGAUAAAGAUAUUCUGUAGACCCAACACCAUCAUCGCAUAACUGGACUGAGCAGAAUUUUUCCUUCUGAAGAAAUACCCCGAACGUCCUGGCAGCUUAUAGCAUGAGUGUUCCCUCUGCAACUUCUUAAUACUCCCAUUUUGUAGAAAUCCAAUAAGAAAAUGCAACCCCAAAUGCUGAAAGGCUAUCAUGAUUUUUGGAAACCUACACUAAAUGUGAAGACACUCCACUCCUAAACUGUAACCAGUUUCUCUGAUGAGGUAGUCAGAGCUCAGGUGAAGUUGGUCGCUGCAAGAGCAGAGUGUGUACGGCAACAGUGUAGUCUACACAGUAUUGGCAGUCACAUGAAACAAGUUUCAUUAUGUACUUAACGGUUUCGCUAGAACUUUCUUUUCUUCACCAAGUUUUAGGGUAGUGACAUUAAGUAAAACUAAAAAAAUUAAUUGUGGUAUGAAAGUAAAAGAGCCAUCUUUACACUGAUGCUUCAGAAUACCUCCGAAAGGCGUGGCGUAAUUGGUUUGGGCCUGCACGCAUAAACAAAGUAAAUUAAAAGGGAAUUUAGAGCUACAUACUAAGGGAAGAAUUCUCACAACAGGGCUGGCCCUAAGAUAUAGGCAAAUUAGGUGGUGGCAAUGUUUUUGGGUGUUAGCAUUUAGUCAACUGUAAUCAACAACGGAUCUGCCAUCAGGGUGUUGUGGGAGAGUGUCCAGGGGCCGGAGACAGUGUGUCAAAAUCACCAAGGGAGACCCCACGCCAUCCCGAUCUUAGAUAUAACAUCCACGUACAACUUGUGCUAACCCUCAAAGUGUAUUACCACACCCCAACACUCUAUGAUCUGUGUGUAAAGCAACUACCAUGAAGAUAAGUGGCAUUUAUUUGUUGUCCAAGAUUAGUAUAUACUGUACAGUAUGCUUAGAAUAGGCAUAGAGAUUCAUUUUUAAUAGGGUAUUGAUCUUUAAGAAAGAGUGUGCAGGAUUGCAGGGGUUAAUGGGAAUAGAAAAGGAUUGAAACUUUUUGGUAUGGAGUGGAAUGGUAGUGGAAACACAAGAUCUUCUCACCGGGUCUUUUCUGAAGUUUCAUAUUAUAACUGUGGAAAUAUAACUUGGAAAUUAAAGGUUGCUUGAUUUGCUCAACAACGGAUUAGAUCAUUUAAAAGCUAAUGACUGGACAGGUGUAGGUUAAUGCUGGCACCAGUUUGCGUUGUUUUGCACUUACAACUUAAAAACAACACAGGCCUAGACACUCAGUACUUUUGGAUAUGCGAUAUCUCUGCCUAACAUAACCUCAUUAGUUCCUAGUAGUAAACACAAAUCUUGCCAAGAUAAGCUGUUAAGUGUCAUGAUUUGAUAUACUGGGGUCUAGUUUACAUUGUACAGAAUAUUUUAUCAUUAUAUAAUUAGGCAUGGGUUUAUUUACUUCCACUUGUAAAUUACAUGUUAAAGCGGCUAUAAACUCCUCUUUGCAGCACAAUUAUAAAGGUGACUAAUCUUUUUUUUUGAUACAUGAAUAAGAGUGCUGCUGGGGUCUGUUCAGUCACAUGAUUAUAGCAGGGGUUUACUUCUUGGGAGUGCUAUGUUUGCUUCUUCUAUACUGCUAAUAUUAGUUUGUAAAAAUGAAAAACAAUAAAUUUUUUAUACUCUUAAA